AUGGAACCAGAAAAUCCCAAUGGCCACGGUAAACGGAGUUCGAUGCACCAGGCAUUGUAUAGCCGCCCCGUGGAGCGUCGUGCCAGCAAGAAAUCUUCAUCUCGAGACCGUCACGGCAUGGUCUAUCCCGACAAUUUUCGAGACACAGGCAUCCGUACCGUGACCCCGGAAUCCCAUUCCCCUUUAUCCGAACCCGAACACGUUGCCCAGAGCGCGCCCUCUCCCCGGACUACCAUGCGAUCGCGAACUAUCGAACGAGGCGAGGAGGAACCCUCAAUGGAGGGAAGGACCGUGCGUACACGAUCGCGAACUGCAACCUUGGAGGAACAACAAAGGAGCGACAUUGUCUCCGGGACCUUCAAAGGACGAAGCCGGAUCGGAUCCGUCACUGCUACAAGUGCGCCCGCACCCGUCCCCGCGUCCACGCCUCAGCCCAAGACAGCAGACGGCAAGUCUCCAGAAGAUUCCACCUCCAUCGGUUUUCCUUCAAUACAAUCGCCAAAUUACAUUGACCAAGCGGUCAGCCGUCAUCGACUGAAUAACGCUUCUGGUAGUGGCCGGCCCACCACAAUCGCACACAAUCAAUUCGCAUCCCCUCUAUCGAAUACCGACUCUGCCAAGAUUCUUCAAUUGAUGAAGACCACAUGUGGAAGAAUGCAUGGAAUCCUGUCAUUCAGAACGACAUCGAACAACACAUGGGCCUCAAGCUCGUGGACAUCAGGGUAUUGUGCCAUUAAUGUCGCCACCGGAAGUCUUAUAUACCAAGCCAAGGGAGAACCAGCGUUAGCAAAGACCCUUAUUCCUGAUCUCCGUGGCUGUCGGGUCCGAACAUUGUUCGACCCGGAGCUUUCGACAACCUACCUCAGCGUUCAAACCUUCACCUCCGGUCUCGGAAUUCAACUACGACCUCAUGUCAACGAAACAUUCGACUCCUGGCUCGCAGCCCUACUCUGCUGGCAACCCAUACGCCCCAAGGGUGUUCAAAAUAAAAUGACCAAGCCUCAAUCAGUUGUGAUUGGAGAACGGCGCAUUCCCGAGCGUCGAAGAAACUCAGAGAGCACAACUCAAAAGGACGCCACCAUCAUCAAGGUUGGUAAAAUGCUUCUUUGGAAUGAAUCUUCCGCGGCUGGAAUACGACCGGCUUCUGCCCGCCGCGUCUCCACAUAUAGACAGUCUAGAGCUCUUUCUGCCUCAUGGCAACGUGUUAGCUGUACACUACAAGAAAAUGGUGCUUUCAAGCUCUACACUGAGUCUGAUGUCACACUGGUCGCUUGUAUCAAACUUUCUCAAUUAUCGCGCUGUGCCAUUCAACAACUCGACUCAUCAGUGCUUGACGAUGAGUUCUGCGUCGCCAUUUACCCCCAGUACACCGCACAUCCAGUUCCAGACCCCGCAAUGCGCCCCAUUUACCUCGCCCUUGAAACCCGUGUCCUCUUUGAAGUCUGGUUCGUGCUGCUCCGCGCUUUCACCAUUCCAGAGUUAUACGGUCCUGAAAUAUCAAGUGAGCCGGAAGACCCCAAUAAAACCCCUGAGGCCGACUCAUCUCCUACCAAGGGUAUGUUCCGAAUCGAAAGGAUUCUUCAUUUGCGUGUCACAGAGGCAAAGCUGUUUCGCCCCAAGGAAGAAGACGCACCACGGAGUCGAAAACCAUCCAGGUCCCACGGUCACUCUGCCCCAUCAUCUCCCAAGAUCAGCGAUUUCUACACUGAAGUCCUUCUAGAUGGGGAGAUUCGAGCAAAGACUGCUGUUAAAUAUCGCACUACAACUCCAUUUUGGCGAGAAGACUUCACCUUCAAUGAUUUACCACCAGUACUCUCACAGGCUUCAAUCCUCAUCAAAACUCUGAACGCACAAAGGGACUGGACUCUCAUUGCACAGGGGACAUAUCCAUCCAACCAAGAUGUCAAUGCAGUCAACAUGCUCGAUGAGAUUGAGAUCUCGACCAAUGACGCAGUUUUUGGACGAGUAGACCUACGGUUGGAUGAAUUGGACCCCGGUGUAGACUCUGAAAAGUGGUGGCCCGUUUUAGAUGAUCACGACCAGGCAGUUGGUGAGAUGUUCAUGAGAGCUCGAAUGGAGGAAACUGUAGUAUUGAUGUCUGAGGAAUAUGCCCCGAUGAAGGAGCUUCUUCACAAGUUCACUAAUGGCUUGACGAUCAACAUGGCCCAGGUUAUGUCAUCGGAAUUGACUCAGCUUUCUGAGAUGCUCCUGAAUAUUUACCAAGUAUCGGGAGCUACUGUGGACUGGAUCUCAGCGCUGGUCGAAGAUGAGAUUGACGGUCUACAUAAGGAGUCUACGAGCAGUCACAUACGUUACACGACAAGGAUCCAUUCGAAUGAUUCUCGGGACUCCUCCGGUCAUGACCGCAAUGUUCUAGUGAGAGAUAUGGGGAGAACUGCUACUGUUGAAGCGAACCUUCUUUUCCGUGGCAAUUCACUGUUGACAAAGGCACUUGAUCAGCAUAUGCGUCGGUUGGGUAAGGAGUACCUGGAAGAGACAAUUGGCGAUCGACUACGCGAAAUCGAUGAAAGUGAUCCUGAAUGCGAGGUGGACCCAGCUCGAGUCCCCCGCGCUGAAGACCUUGAUCGUAAUUGGCGAAACCUGAUCAAUUUAACUACCACGGUGUGGAAGUCCAUUGCGAUUUCUUGGUCCCGAUGUCCGUCCGAGCUAAGGCGUAUCUUUCGACACGUUAGAGCCUGUGCUGAAGAUCGCUAUGGCGAUUUCUUGCGUUCUGUGACCUACAGCAGUGUUUCCGGUUUCCUGUUCCUACGGUUCUUCUGUCCGGCUAUUCUGAAUCCUAAGCUGUUCGGACUUUUGAAGGAUCAUCCUCGUCCCCGUGCUCAACGUACUCUGACUCUGAUUGCCAAAGCUCUUCAGGGAUUAGCUAACAUGACAACUUUCGGUAACAAAGAACCAUGGAUGGAGCCGAUGAACAGGUUUCUCGUCGGCAAUCGUGCUGAAUUUAAGCAAUUCGUGGAUCUCAUCUGCGAUAUCCCAGCAAAUGCAGCGGCCCCUGUCCUCACUCCUUCCUACACUACUCCGCUACAAAUCCUUGGCCGAUUGCCUCUUACUUCACGCGAGGGUUUCCCCAGUCUUCCAUUCUUGGUUGAUCAAUCUCGAUGUUUUGCCAACUUGAUCCAUAUAUGGCUCGAAGUUGUCCCAGAACGACUCUCCGAAUUGGAAGAGAUUGACCCGUUCCUUUCUAAAUUUCAUGAACUGGCAUUGCACCUACAAGAGCGCACCGAAGAUUGUCUCGAUGAGGCGGAACAGGCUGAGCGCCCAAACGGUACACUCGAGGUCAAGUGGGAAGAGUUAGUCGACUCGAUGGAGCGCGCUGUAACCUUUUAUGAGGAAGGCACAAGCAAGCCAACCACUCCGGCUCCGGCCUCAGCCCCAGAAUCAGCUGCUGUCGCUGCCGCCACUGCCGCCAUUGCUCCAGGUUCCUCUGCUUCGAAUACUCCAGGUCACCGCGGUUCAAUUGGUUUCUUCGCCCCUCGACCUGCUAUGCCUCGUCGGUCAACAGACUAUGCUCCGGAAGAGGAUGACACCCCGCCCAGUUCAUCAUCUGCAACCUGGGACCAAUCCCGUAUGCCGUUCACACUACCCCGUUGGUCUGAUGCUCGUGAUAGCACCGGUAGCUCUAAGAAUUCCUCCACUUAUUCCCUCGAAUACUCCGAGAACGCGAAGAUGCGCAGAUCUAGUGUGACAAAGGAAAGCUCCAGUAAAUACCGCUUCUUCGAUUUUGUACCUGCUCCCUCUCGCCGCAAGGCCAAGGAACGUGAUCAAUCCAGCCACCACUCCCACGAGGAUCUCAGAAACGAAUUCUGA